CCCAUGCCAACAAUUUUUCCACUCCCUGAGCCAACAGCAUAGCACUUCUCGGAAAUUUUCACGAAAAUAUCAUCACGGUCAUCAAGUAACUAGAAAGUAGUGUUUCGAAUGUCUCCACGGCCACAAGUCGAGCACUGCAUGCGUACGUAGGUCGAUUAACAUUCCUUAAAGAGAAAUCCAACAGCCUGUCUUUGUUUAGCCACAGGAAUGCUGCCGCCAUCGCCGCUUACGACCACAGCCACGUGCGGCUUUCUUUUUCUUUGUGUAUAUCGAUCUUCUAGAAGGUCUUUGCGAUGAGGCAUGAUUCCGUCCUACACUGCGCGCGAACCCAGAGGCAUGAAUCGAAGCCAAGAGGGCCAUAUGCGUGCGCACAUAAAGCAAAGAAAUAUUUCUUCGAUGUCUCUUGAGGGGAUGGAGCAGCCCAUCCGCUCUUUCAAUUCCUUCGUUCAGACCGCGCCACCAAACCCUUCGGAGACAGACAAGGCUCUCCCACUGACUCCAGCACCGUGGAAACAAGCCAAGUCGAGCAGAGCAAAGAUCGCAGCACCAACAUCUGCGGGCCUGCCACUAGCUUCAAGGGAUAGUGACUCAAGCAUAGCUUCGUGGAGAGCGCCAGCAGAGUGGUAUGACGACAACGCAAGCGUCAAGCCUGCGCACUCGACCCCGUCGCCAUCUCCAACUUCCGCACCUCGCACCUUCUCUCCACUCCUCCCCGAACCAUCUCCAAGCCUUCUCGACAUGACGGAACCAACAGCAUGGUUGACUCCCGGUUUUCCUCCCGCAAGCCGGCUGUUGCCAAUAUACGAGCGCACAAAUGGUAAUUCGGACCUGGGCCCACCAGGUAGCCCUCCACGAUCGGCUUUACCAGCUACUCCGCCGCUAAACAGUCGAUCUAUCGAGAACGUACUACCGCCGGAUAAUAGAAGAGCAAAUACUUCCUCAAGCAAAGACGUGGUCGCCACUGAUCGGGUUCAAGAAUUGGCAGGUACUGGCUGCAACAAAGAAAAAGCAUAUGCUUCCCUGGGCCUUGAUUCUCCACUACCAAAAAGCUCUUACGAAUCGGAUUCUAGUCAACGAGGGCAAAAACGAGCUGACUGCCAAUACCUGAGGGAAAAGAAACUCCGUGCGCUGUACAAAGGCAGUCCAUUGCAUGAUGAUAGCUGGGAAGAUGAAGACAUGGACGAUAAGACACGGGAACUGAGCUUUUCACAAGACUACCACGAUCUGCUUGCCGAUCAGUACCAGGAGAUGAACGUGCGCGCACAGGAGGUUCUCAGCACCGGGGGGGUCCAGCAGGUCCACGAAGCUCAGCUCGCGGAGCCGACACGUAACGCUCUGCCGAACGAUUGUGACAUUGUUCCUCAAACUUCGUCAUGGCGCAAAAGCUCAGGACCAUCUACACCUCGAAGUCAAUCCCAUAAGGGGAACGGGGAACAAGCAUCGAGCACAGGGAAGAAGAGCAGGCACAAGAGAAUAUCUUCGUUCAUACCUCAUCGCUUGGGUAGUUCGGAGCCCAACAAGGAAGAGCCGACAAAGAAAAAACGUCGACCGUUGGAGUCGAAGCGCAUACCCGAAUCCAAGGCAGACAAGAACCAGGAUGGUGAUCCUCGAUUCUCCAGAUUCUUCCCUUCUCGUCGACCUAUCAAGCUUGGCAAGAAGCUUAGAAAGACUGAAUCUGCUAAAGCAUCCUCCGCCCCAUCGCCACCGCCACAACCAAAUCCCCUGAUCCGCUUACCCGGAGGUCUCGCUGUUGUGCGGACCCACUCACCAUCUCCAGUUCCUAAAUCGGACGUUUCGAGCGACAAGUCACCUACAUCCACCCAAGCACGUGGAAGCUCCCAAUUCGGGAGUGACUACUCGCCCAUGACUUCGAACCCUCGCUCCUCUUAUAAUAGCAACAACUCUCCGUCGACGGCAAACAUUACAAUUACGAUGCGCAGCACCUUCCGUACCUCAGGAGGCUCUCCCUAUUCACACCGAUCCAGCACCGGCCAUCCGACAGUGCACGAGCGGGCGCCUCCAUUCAUUGUGCCAUAUUCAAUACCUCAGUCGCCACCCCUCUCGCUCGAAACGCUGCAUCGCUUGCGAGACGAAGACAACCAGGCAGAACAUCGUCAUAGACCCAACUUCAUCGAGAAGGCAAAGGAGGCUCGUAGACGACAUCUUACGGAAGCCAGACAGGAUAAACUGAAGAGGAGCAUCAAGGUGUUGGGACCAACGGACCCAGGCGUUGCGCAGGCAGGGUAUGUCAAAUCCGAGGGCAGAUUCGAGCGGAGCGAUAGUGAUCUGGGUGGGAGGUUGCCGGGAUACUUGGUUGGGGGAUCUGCUUGACUUCUAUGACGUAUACAUUUUGGUAGACUACCAUCUUUAAUUCAGUCGGUUACGCAAGAACAGUGCCGGGCGAUGAAUGUAAAGUACAGCCGAGUGA